GCCAGCGAAGUUCCCAAUGCCCCAUGUGUUGGCAGUCCAUCUCUUUGAAGGAUCCUACCAGCCAGGAACUGCUUGAUGCUGUAAUAAGGGAGAGGAACAUUCGACUAAACAAAACACAAACAACUACUAUCUUUCAUCAUCCGGCUCUUGGAGAUUUUGAAUUGCAGCAUUUGCCAGGAGGUGGAAGUGAAGCUGAAUUUGAAGAGCGCUUAAUGCAGCACUUAGCUGCUGCAGCAGCAAUGGGAAGGGUGCACCAUAUUUCUAGGAGAGAAGGGCAUCGUGGUCGGUCAGGAUCUCAUCACCAUCCGCAGUUUUUGAUCUUCUCUGCACAUCCAAAUGCACCCAAUGAUGGCAUCAGAAACCAGCACAAAAGCCACAACCAACAGGUCCUCCAUACAAUUACAUCUUUGUUUUCAUCUGUUUCCUUGUAUAUUGCAUUGUAUGAUAGAUAG